UGGCGCCAAAAUGGCGCUCAAAUGGCGCUCCAGUAAAACAUAACAUUAAAAAAAUUUAAACAUAACAUAUAGACAAUAUAUACGUGUAUGGCUUAACCACCAAUUAAAGAGUGCAAUUGUUAAAUAACCAAAGUAGUACCAAAAAUAAUCCAAAUCAAACCAACUUAAUAUCCAUAACUAGUUAAUGUCUAAAAAACAGAAUUUAAAGUUUGAUCUUUAUGAUAUGUUGACUAAUACUCAUAGCCAUCCCCCUCCUCGCUCACGUCUAGUCAUCAGACCCAUCUUCCUCAUCUGACUCGGAUAAGAAAGGAACUUCUUCCUCAUUUAUUUCACUAUCAGAAGGAUCUUGUAUUAUAUCCAUCUCAUCUUCAUCACGCAAUUGAUGUAGUGUUGAUGUUGAUGUCGAUGCUCUAGUGUUGUAAGUCGUUUCAUUAACGCCAGCUGCUUCUUCCACAACAUUCCAAUUUUCCAUUUCAUUUUUCUCUGCAGCCUCAUCAAUCCAUUCAUUACAUGUAUUCGGUUAACUUUUUAUAAAAAUUACAUAUUAGAGUAUAAAAAUCCACUGGGUUUUUCAUGUUUCUUGUUUUUCUAAGGAAGCAAGCCUAAAGGCAGUUCAGUGAAGUGAUCGGCCCUAUGGUAGAGAAUUGAUUUUCUAAUUAAAAUUUCUUGCCACAAGCAAAUGCCUUCUAUGGGAAGGAAGCCUUAACUUGCACUUUACUCCUUGGAUGGCUGCAGAAAACAUGGAGUUUGAAUUUGUUCAUGAAUUAAGUGUGUGUAGUGCUCUGUAACUUAUCUAACUUAUCCUAAGUAAGCUUGACUUAUCCAUGUAGUGGAGGAUUUCUCUUGAAAAGUAUAUAACAGAGUACGGGGACUUUGUUUGUAUCUUGAAUGCCCCUUCAGUAGAUGAGGAAUUCGAAUUGCUAAAACCUGAGUUCGAAAUCUUAGGAAGUCUCAAGUCUUUCUUAUUAUAUAAGUAAUUAAGUUCCCCUGAAUUAGUUGUAGCUGAUUAUGACAUGCAUCUUUCCUCCCUCAAAGUGGCAUCUUUUUUAUUGAUAUUUUUAUUAGGUUAGCCUAUGCUAAUAUGCCAUCAAGUUAGCCUGUGCUUAUUCCUAUUAUUAUAUCACAAUAUUUUUCUGAGUUUUGUUCUCCAUGCAGGUUACACAUUCGAUCGGCUUGUUCCCAUAUUGGAUCACCCCAUGGUUUUGAGUUUUGUUCUCAAUCAAGGUCGGAUAUUUAGGUUGGCCCAUGCUUCUUAUUAGUAUUCCUUAUUUUUAGUAUUCCUAGAUCACCAUAAUGACAUAGGUCAUCAUUUGCUUAUUGGAAUUUUUUUAAUGGAAAAACAGAAACCAUGAAUUCUUCUAUAUCUACAUAUGUAAGUUAUUUAAGCACAUAUAUUGAGCAAUGUAUUCUGACAUAAAAAUCAUAUGAAUUACAUUGAGCAAGUGAAUUCUAAAUGUUCCUUCCAAGUUAUUCUUCCACCUUUAAUUUAUUUGAAUUUAAAACAAGCAUCACGGCAGGGCAAAAACACCAUUCUAAAGUUGAUACUCAUUGUGAGUAACUCACGAGGGGUGAUCCGCUGCAAUUGUCAUUAGAAGCAUCAGUACUCUUUUGUCUUGGAGACAUACAGACAAUUUGACACUAGCAGCAACAUCAUCAUCACCAUAAUUAUGUGAGAGUUAUAUGUGACUUUUUCUUCUUAUUGGCUUACUUAAUCUAUUAGGCUAUAAUAAUGCUAUAUAUAAUCAUAAUAUUUAACCAUUUGGCAUGAGUAAUAAAAGAGUAUAAUAGUUUUAAUUCUCAAGCAUAUUUACACAAGUCACACUUCUUCACCCUUUAUCAUCAAUUUAUUCACUAAAUAGUAAAGUUUGAUAUGCAACUUAAGAGUAUUUGAAAUCGAUUGUUUAUUUCUUUUUUGGAAAUUAGGUUUUUCCAUGAAGUAUGUUUUUUAGCUUAAGGGUUCUAUUUUUCUUCUUCUUUUACAUAAAGUAUGUUUUUGAGCUUUUCCUGUUACAUGCAAAAACGGUGCCUUUGCAGGUGAGUAGGUGAUGACCUGUUGAGAGAUCAUCAAUCUAUACUUUCCGGUAAAUUAGUUUUGAAAAUCUGCAUUCUUUUAAACAUGAUGUUUAGUGUUUUUACUUCAAUAUUCUGGAGUUCAAAUUUGGGUUGUUGUUCUUUACAUUUUUUGUCAUUAAACCUUAUUGUGACUCGAACCAAAGUGGUAAAUGAUGACUAAUAGCUUGCAAUUUCAGUUGAUAACUUCAAUAUUUUGCCGUUGAUAAUACCGAGUUUGAUAAUAUUUGUAUUAUUAUACCUUAUUGUGUAACCGAGUAUGAUAAUAUUUUCAUCUUCAAUUUCAGUUUUAUCCUAGUGUGUUGUACAUGAAAGCCAUUUUUUACUAGUAAAUGCUCAUUUCAUGCCUUUAUGUAGGAGCAGAGACCCUAACUUAAUACAAUUCCAAUCUGAAAAGUAAUGGUGUAGUGGGAUGUCAUUAAAGUUAUUUCCAAUCUGAAAUAACUGAUGUUAACCAACUAAUGCUAAAAAGGAUAAGUAGUAAUAAUUAAAAUAAUAAAGCACUAAUAAUUUAAUAAACAUUAUUCAUUAUUGUGGUCCUCCAUGCCAGUAACUUCCAGCUUUGCGUGUAAACAGUUGACAUAGAUGUGCGAGUCCAAAAACCUGGAGUUCGGUAGUCGUUCUCUUGUGCUACGUCGACGCUGCAGCGUAUCAAAGGCUUGAAGCAAAGGUUCUGGCUAUUUGUUCAUCCUUAUUUCAGUGAGGCGGUGAGCUUCACUUUAAUUGGUGCCCCAGUAACGUUUGUGGAAUGGAUUAUAAGGAUAAAUUCAUAUGUUUGCUUGUUUUGUUUAUUUAUUUCGUAUACUUUGAACUUAAACAUGACAUAUAUAAAUAUAUUGGUAAAAUUUUAAUUUUUAGUUUGAUGUUUCCUUGCCGUACCCAUAUCUUGAUAGUUUGAGUUUAGAGUUUUCCCGUUGGUAUCCGUCCUGGUGCUACUUAGACUAGUACUACUAAAAAUUAAAAAGGUUGGGGGGGGGGGGGGGGGCAAGGCCUCCUACGCCUACAAUGUUGAGCAUUUAUUUGUUGCUAUUUUUACAAAUUCAAGAGGUCUCAAUAAGUGUUUUUACUCUAUAAUUAGACUCUUAAUUUGUUUUAUUUUAAUAAGAGGUCAAAAGGAGCAAGUCAAUUUUGUUAGUGGGUUUUUUAGACCAAGUUAAUUAAUUCAGUUCCCAAGUCUAAAACUUGCUUGUUAAAGACUGCCCGUGCCUUUCUUUUGUUAGAUACUCCCGUCCCGCUAUGAUUGUUUCAUUUUAUCAUUUCGGUUCGUCCCACUAAGAUUGUCCGAUGUCUUAUUUGGUAAAGUUUGUGUGGUUCUAAAUCAUUCCUACUUUAUUCUUACUUUAUCAAUUCAAUAUCAACCACAUAAACCCACUUUUAUUAAUAAUCGUGUCACCUUCUCUUGUCCCAAACUCAAGUCUAGGGACGGUAAACCCACUUUUAUUAAUAACCGUGUCACCUUCUCUUGUCCCAAACUUAAGUCUAGGGACGGAGGUAGUAAUAAGGAUUCAUUUUUUGAACUUGUAGCAAAACUAAAAAGUCGCAUGCCAAGUAGGACUGUAGGAGAGCAACGAUCAGAAAGGAAAGAAAAAACGCUGCAAGAAGUAAAGAAAGAAAGAGAGGAGAGAAGCAAGGACCCCAUUUUCGGUUGAGAAGGUUUCGUGAUUGCAGCUAUUGAUGGAGUGAAAGAAAGGAAAAAACGGGAGGAGGAGGGAGGAAGAAAAGUAGAAAACGCUGCAACAAGAGCAGGGGCGCAGAUCAGAAGAAACGGCAAAGCAAUCUUCACCCUUUGGAAUACCUCUGUAGCUCCAUCGAUGGCCGUUCAAAACAUCUACAUCAUCACUGAGUUCACCGCGGAAGAAAUCAAAGGAUUUCUGGACAGAAUCUACACCGGUAUGGUCUGUGACCUAACGGCUCUACCGGAAAUCGCAAAAGACACAAAGAGGAUGAAGAGAAUAGUCACUGGCCUCACCAACUCCCAACUGGCUAAGGUUGUGACCUACCCUUACCAGUUUUACAGUUUGACCGAUGUGGCAGAGUUCUAUCUCAAUGCUGCCAGAGUAGAUGCUACCAUCACCUCCACCGUCAAUCAACGAGAGGUUGAAUUAACUGUAGGGAGCAUCAACAGGUUCUUCAGCAUUGCAGAAGACGAAUCUGCUGCAGAAGGCUCACUCAUCUGUCUGGAAGAUGUAGAGCUCAAAACUGAGGCCUUCUGUGAGAUCUUUUUCAGAACAGAAUACCAGAAUUUGCAGAAAUGCAAUGCCAAGAAGUGGUGUCUCAAGAAAGACUAUGAGCGCACAGUGGACUUAAUUCACAAGUGCCUAUUUUGCAAGACAGGGUCUACCGACGACAUGACCAUUUCUGGUGCUAAAGCUUUGGUUGCUACUCGGCUGGGAUUAAAGGUCAACUGGGGCUUGGUAAUCUUUGAAUGCCUCACCACAUUCUUGACAAAGAGAAACGAUAACAAAACUCUGUCAAGCAAAGUGGGCUAUGGGCUGUUCCUGUCUGCAUAUCUGGAGAAAGCAGGAAUCUCCUUAAGGAACAAGCUUGCUGUGGACUACAGGAAGGUUGCCUUUCUGCAUACCACGUCCAAUCGCAACAUUGCCAUAGCUGCGGAGAGGAAGAAUAGUUCAACAAAAAAGACCUCAAAGAGGAAAGCACCUGAGGCACCUACCAGAAAAGCUCCAAAGAAGGCUUCCAAGAAAGCUAAAAGGAUCAAGAGACCCUCAAAGAGAAUAAUUGAAAGUGAUUCUGAAUCUGAGGAGGAACAGACUCAAGGGGAACAAGAUCAACAUCUUCAUAUUCUGGAGGAACCGGUGUUACCAGAGUCUGUGCUACCAGAACUGACUGAACCAGAAGCUGUAUUACCAGAAUCUUCUCUACCAGAAUUACCCACCACCACCACAGAAGAGGUAAUCAUUGACAUCUCUGUUUUAGAUAACCAAUUUGCUCGGGUCCAGGCUUGGAGGACAUGGAGAUUAAGUCCACUUGAGGACCUUAUCAGACAGGUCGAUCAUUACAUGACAGAAGAACCCUAUGUCCUGGAAUGGAUAGGGUGUCUAGACAUUGUUAAAUGUCUGGAUCUUCAAUUCCUUGAAGGAAUUUUGGAAGAGAAGAAGUCAGCCCUGAGAGGGAACUCUAUAUCAGAAAUGGUUGUACCACAACAAGAGGCCACAUGCAUUAACUUUGAGGAUGCAGAGUUUGAUGAGUGGUUGAUGCGAAGAGGGGACACAAGGGAAUACUCCCAACAGAAGAGCUACCCCACUGCCAUGAAUGAGCUCCGGCAGAUUUGGGAACAAGAGAGAAAAGGGAAAUUUGUUGCCUUCCCAGAUUCACCUCCCUCUUCACCAGAAACCUUCUCUACCUUACAACAAUCCACUACCGUCCUACCAAAAACACCCAUUCCCACUUCCACAGGACCAGACCACCAACCCGAUACCACCAACUUACCUACUCCACCUCCUACCCAACAAAAACCUCUUACACCCUUCUCUACACCACCCCAAUCACCUUUUAACCAGAGCUCUGAACCCACUCCACACCAUAGAACUCCAUCACCUCAACCAUCUCCACCUCACCAGAAUACCCCUACACCACCUAAAUCUGCUUCACCCACUACCCAACCCUCACCCAAAACCGUGUCAGAGCCUGCCCCUGAUCCAGAAUCACCAAAGACAUUUUCCCAUUAUCAUCAGGAUCACUCAGAGUCUAAUGAUAUGGGAGGAUUCAUCGGAUUUGACAAUGAAGAGGACGAAAGGGCAGAAAUACAGAAGCUUCAAGAAGAAAUCUCUUCUGGAAAACCAUCUUCAACCAAGCCUACAACCAUAACCCCCUCUACUUCUUACACUUCUACUCUGCCAGAAUCCAAAGGCCUGGGAGGACCAACUAACACUGGUCACACAUCCUCAUCUGCUUCAAAACAGCCUACUGUACCUUUGGAAGCAUUCAUGGGUGUUGUAGCAGAUCUUGAGACAAAUCUGAUGGGAUGCGUCAAAGCCCUUGUCGAUAUACAGAAGAGCUCGUCCUACAAAGUUGCAGAUAUCGAUACCUACAUGCAAGGUGACCUUCGACAGAUGAUAACAGAAGACAGCAACAGGCUGAUCGGUGUUGUUGAGGACCAGAAGAUCUUCAAGAAAAUGACCAAUGAAAGAUUGGAUUCUCUAUCAAAAUCUGUCAUGGCCAUACAGAUUGCUGUGUCAACACUGCAAGGAAAGGUUGACAGUCAGAAUACUGCUCUCUCCUACUUGAUCAAGACGCUUGAUGAGUUUAAAACCUAUAACAAGGAGAAGAGCAGGCAAAUGAACCAGAUUCAGGUUCUUGUCCAAGAGUUGAAGGACCAAGCCAAUAAACAACAAGACUCGCUUGAUGGGUUAGCUAGUGUCAGCCAGACUCUGCCUAAUGCCAUUGAGGACCUCAAAAGUAAGCAGAAGAAUGAAUUUCAAAAGCUCCAAUUCCUCAUUGGUGAUCUUGCUAAUGCCAAAAAGGGGAUAAAAGAGGAAGCAAGUCCCAGAGCAUCCCAGAAUUGACCUCCAGAUUUCCAUGCCUAAACAAAGCUCGACCUCACUUUCCUCAGAACAGGUCGAAUGGUACUAUAAGCAGAAUCGUCUCAAGAAGCCUGCAAUUCUGCCACCACCUCCUCUGCCCAAACUAGGAAAGAAGUCCAAGUAUGCUACAUUCGGCUUGACAGAUUGGCAAAGGCUAAAUUUGACAUUGCUACCAGAUGGCUCUCUAGAGAUCUAACAUGGUGGAUCCAUUGAUGAAGCAGAGAAAUGGUGGAAUUGGCAGGGAAGAACAAGAACGAAGCAUUUUGCAACUACCUAGACUGCCAGCUAACACCAGAGCGGGACUAUUUCAUCCGUCCAAAGGAGCAUGCUUGUUGGACCAGUCAUGGAUUUGUGCUAGGUAUAGCUCGGAACCUCUACAGUAUGCUUGACAUGCUUUCCUAUAUGUCUAAAAAUGUGCUCGGCAUUGUACUAGCUAAUUGUUUCCAAAUUAUUUCUUCAAAUUUGAGGUGAUGUAUUUGACUUCAGUUUCGUUUUUCAGAUUUAGAACUUGUUUGAUGCCCGAUCUGUGAUUUCAAUACAUGUGAUGGACAUGAUAAAUUUGAGACUCUAGGUGCCUUAGUUCAGACAUACUGUUGGCAACCGGGGGAGGUAUAGCAUGGCAAAUAUGGCAUGCUUUGGAUGAGUUAAUGUUAUCCCAAGAAAGAAGGAAGAGAGUUUUCUAGUAAAAACAGUUGAUGGUCCUGCACUAUUAAUUUUUCAUUUGGGAGCUAGUCAUUGGCGGUUCUGAUAAUCUCUGUCAAUCUCUUAUUUUGAAGGCGUUACAUAACAUGAAAAUUUAAGCAUCCCAAUCAUCUUGUCUAGUUUUAUGACAUCUCUUAUUUCAUCUUUGUUUUACUUUAUCUUUGUAUUUGGGAUUAUUAAUUUUGUGAAAGUCAUGCGAGAAUAUAAAAUGAGGACAUAGAGUAUAACUUUCUAGCUAAAAUAUCUUGAAUGGUAAAAUACUACACUCGUUCUUUUAAAUUUAAAUGGUCAUGCAACCUCACUACUUAGUUUGGUGAGUUAGAUGGUGGGGGUCAUAUUGAUAAAACUAAUACUCCUCUGUAUUUAAAAGUCUGCCACACUUUCCUAUUUGGGAUGUAUUUAAAAGUUUGCUACACUUUCCCUUUUUGGUAAAUUUUUCCUUUAAAAAUACUCAUUUACCCUUACUUUUCUACUUUUUAUAUUCUCUUUCCUACUUUUGUACUUUCUCUCCUACGUUUUCUAUACUAUUCAUUACCCCUACAAUUCUUCUCUUAAAUCUUGUGCUAACACCUAAUGUAGAGAUCAUUUAAAUACGGAGGGAGUAUUGCUUCAGAGUAUUGGUCAUCUAAUACUUACCUAGUUGAUCUAUUGUUAGAAUUGCUCUGAAAGGGUUCAAUGGGAGGCAAAUUGAGGACUAGCACUUACCGGGAUUGUUAAAAGAAAAUUUGCAAAAUAGAUUGCUUUGUUAUUGGCCUGUUUGGUAAAUGGCGUUUCAAACUUUUGGCGGGUUUGACCAAAAUUGACGUUUUUGACUGGACAAAAUGUUGAAAUAAGGCGUUUGGUUGAUGGCGGGUUACAACAGCGUUUUGGUCCGAAACACUGAAAACCAAGACGCUACAAAAGGAAGCGUUUAGGGUUCAGUGGUUCUGAAUUAAUUAUUCAUUCUCAACUGUACCCUUCCCUAUUCUCCAUUCCAUAUUCCGACCUUUCCUCUGAAGCAAAAAUCAUCGGGCAACUAUCGCAAGCUUCUUCCCAAUAAAAGAAACCCCAGAUCAUGACGACAAAAAUGGUAGCUGUGAGCAUCUCCUCCAUCUCUCCUCUGCAUAUGAAGUGCUUACAGCUAUGAUUCCAAAAAAAUUGCAUGAAGCUUCGACAUCAAUCAUCUGCAGGCAGCUAGGGUUGUAUACGAACCGAAUCGAGUCGAAUAAUGAGAUUUUGUAUUUGUAUUUGUUUAUUUUUUUCGAAUACGAAUUCGAAUUCAAAUAUGAAAUGAACAUUAAUUUCGAUUUGUAUUUGUAUUUGUUUA